AUGGUCAAGACGUUUCAGUUCCAAGACGUUCAAGUCCGAUCGCCAGGCUUCGGUUGUAUGGGUCUCAGCUUUGGGUUGGGUACCAACCUGAGUUUGGAAGAAGCAGAACCUGUCCUUCUCAAAGCCAUUGAACUUGGCUGCACCUUCUGGGAUACUGCGGUCGUGUACCAGGCUGGUGUCAACGAGAAGCUUCUCGGAGAGUUCAUCCGGAAGCACAAUGUCCGCGACAAGGUCUUUAUCGCUUCCAAGUGCGGUAUUGCUUGCCUUGAUGGAGAGUCAGGUGUGACAAACAGCCCAAGCCACAUUAAGAAAUACAUCGAUGGUACAAUUGAGAGACUUGGUUUUACUCCUGAUCUCUAUUAUCUUCACCGAAUUGAUCCCAACACGCCUUUGGAAGAGUCUAUCCCUGCGCUGGAUGAGUGUCGGAAGUCUGGCAAGACCAAGUAUAUCGGGUUGUCUGAGUGUUCCGCUAAGACGCUGCGGAAAGCAAACUCAAUUGCCAAAAUCGAUGCUGUCCAAGCAGAAUACUCUGCCUUCGAGACACUGCAUGAAACCGACGGUCUGAUCGACACCGCUAGGGAACUCAAUGUGGCCUAUGUCGCCUACUCUCCACUUGGCCACGGCUGGCUUGUGGAUAACUUCGACUAUUCCUCUCCCGAUGAUUUUGCACCUGACGACUUCCGUCGCUCAGUCCCCAAGUUCCAAGGCGAGAACUUCUACAAGAACAAGGCAAUUGUCGAGGAGAUCAAGAAACUUGCCAAGAAAAAGGGCUGCACAACACCUCAGAUCGCGCUGGCGUGGGUUGCUGCCCAAGGCAUGAUUGCUAUCCCCGGAACGACAAAGGCGAAGAGGUUGGAAGAGAAUUGGGCUAGUAGGGACGUAGAGUUGACAGACGAAGAGAGGAAGGAGAUGAGGAAAAUCGUUGACCAAGCAAAGCCAGCCGGCAACCGCUACGCACCUGCACAACAGGCUACGGUUGGGCAUUAA